CGGGGGUCAGAAGUUUCUGAAAAAAAGUAGCUAUUGAUCCUUUGCACACGGCGUUGAACACCCCAAAGUGCGCCACUCAGCUGCGAGCCAUCUCUGAUAGCUCAUUUCCCUGUGAGCACAUCAGCUCGUACAUUUCCGUUGUUUCGGUGUCGCUUAAAGAUCUGAAUACGUUCUGUGGGCUGACAUGAAGCCAGCAGUGGUUCUGCUGGGCCUUGUCCUCCUGCUGGCCACCACCUUUGCUGCAGAGGAGUCCUGUGCAGGUCGCUGUGGCUCCUUCGACUCGAUGCUUUCUCGAGGGGACACCUUUGAAGAAGUUCUGGAAACAGGGACAAAACAGACUGAGCUCACCACCACCCUCACACCAACCGCAAACACCGUGGUGCCGACAGCUCCCUCCUCUCCGACCCCUCCGCUCACCACCCCCCCUGAUGUCGGCCCGAGCGUUGACCCCGACGCAGCGCCCUGCAGUGGUCAGCCAUUCGAUGCCUUUCUGCAGCUGAAGAAUGGCUCCAUCUAUGCGUUCAGAGGUGAAUAUUUUUUUGAACUGGACGAAAAAUCCAUACUUCCUGGUUACCCCAAACGUAUCCAGGAUGUGUGGGGGAUCUCUGGGCCCGUCAGUGCUGCCUUCACACGUGUGAACUGCCAAGGAAAAUCCUACAUCUUUCAGGGGAAUAAGUACUGGAGAUUUGAUGGUGAUGUUUUGGACGAGGACUACCCACGAGAUAUUUCUGUUGGUUUUGAGGGCAUACCCAAUGAUAUCGAUGCUGCCUUCGCCGUACCUGCGCCAAAUCACCGUGGAAGGGAAAAAGCCUACUUUUUCAAAGGUGAUAAAUACUACCUGUAUGAAUUUAGGAACCAGCCUACCCAUGAGGCAUGUGUCCAGAUGACCAGGUCCUCCCCGUCUGUGCUGUUCACUCAAUACACAAACUUGUUUUGCGAUCACACCCUGGAGGAUCUCUUCACAGAGCUUUUUGGAGGCUCCUUCGCUAGCCACGACAUUGUCCCUCGCUUCAUCAGCAGAGACUGGCAGGGCAUUCCAGUCCCUGUGGAUGCUGCUAUGGUUGGACGGGUGCAUCUCACUCCCCAGCCCACAGCACCCUCUCCUCCAGCGACGAGGAGGCGGAGCAGCAGGAGGAGGAGGCCCAACAGGAGGCGUAGCCGGCCGAGACAUAGUCGCUCCCUGUUUGAUGAUUUGUGGCUCCAUGACGACUGGUUUGACAUUGGUGAUGACUACAGUGACAUAAGCGACCUCACUGAUGUAACCCCUAAAGAAGAGUACAAAAGAGCCCCAAUUCAAAAUGUCUAUUUCUUCAAGAGAGAUAAGUACUACAGAGUGUCUCUCCAGACAAAAAGGGUGGCUGCUGCAUUCCCUUCUUACCCCCGAUCGAUUGCAAAGUACUGGCUGGGCUGCGAACAUGAACAGGCACCUGAUGCAUCCAGGGCAGAGAAGAAAUAGGCCUGUGGCAACGCAGAAAACUUCAUCUAUAGUUUUAAACCUAUAAACUUAAAACUGCUACUGCAUGUGGUUAAUAGUAGGCUUAAUUCCCCAGUAAUACUUGUUUGUUAGAUGAACUAGAUUUACACAUGAUGCAAUGCAUUUUACCUCUAAGUGUUGUGUAUACUUUUAUUCUCUACCUGAAACUAAUUCAAACCUCAAUUUUAGCGGUCAGAUCCUUUACACCACCAAUAUAUCUGAGAUGCUGUUCAAAAACUUCCCAUAAAGUUAUAGUAGUGCAUGUAAGUACAUUUACCCUCACAUACAGAUAUGAAUGUAUACAAUGCCUCAGUUAUACAGUGUUAUCAUUCUGCAUCCUAAAAAAAUAAACUACUACUGCACUGUGACCCUG